AACAUUUGCACAGAUGUGAUCAACAUGUCCGGCAGGAGCAGCCCUAGGCAACUGUAGUUUUCCACCGGCGCCGCCGCUGCCCUCCUAUAUGGAGGCCGCCUCUGCCCCACCACCACCACCUCUGCCUCCACCUGCCGCCGCCAUCAUCAGUACCACCACACUGAUGGGCAAGUACCGGCUGGGCCGCCUCCUCGGGCGGGGGAGCUUUGCCAAGGUCUACCGGGCGACUUCCUUAGCGGACGGCUCCGAUGUGGCGAUAAAGAUCAUUGACAAGACGAAGCCGAUUACGAAAGUGAUGGAGCCUCACAUCAUGAGGGAGGUGGCCGUGAUGAAGAGGCUCCGGUCCCACCCCAACAUCCUCGAGAUCCACGAGGUGAUGGCCACGAAGACGAGGAUCUUCCUGGUGAUGGAGCUCGCAUCGGGCGGCGAGCUCUACUCGAAGAUCCGCCGCCGCGGGCGGCUCCCUGAGGGUCUCGCCCGCCGCUACUUCCAGCAGCUCGUGGGUGCCCUUCGGUUCUGUCACGAGAAUGGGGUGGCACACAGGGACAUAAAGCCACAGAACCUGCUCCUCGAUCAAUCGGGUGCUCUAAAAGUCUCAGACUUUGGCCUCUCCGCCCUGCCUGAGCAGUUGACGAACGACGGGCUGCUCCACACCGCGUGCGGGACUCCCUCGUACACAGCCCCUGAGGUUCUCGAGCGGAAGGGAUAUGACGGGCCCAAGGCCGAUGCCUGGUCCUGCGGGGUCAUCUUGUUUCUGCUGCUCGCCGGAUACCUCCCCUUUGAAGACUCGAACCUCGCGGCCCUUUACAAGAAGACUAAUGCGCGGGAUUAUCAUUUCCCGGAAUGGUUUUCGAAGCCAGCUAAGACUUUGACUUACCGGCUCCUCGAUCCAAACCCGAACACAAGGAUGAGCCUGGAAGCUCUUGUUGGGACAGCCUGGUUCAAGAGAUCGCUCAGCCCAUCGAAUCCUCAAUGCAGAAUUCCGAGUUGUCCUCCCUCGCCAUUAGGUUCAUUCCAGAAACAAUGCGAGUUUGAUGCUGUGUCAACCAUGAACGCUUUCGAUAUCAUUUCCCUUUCAUCAGGGCUCGAUCUCUCAGGUCUUUUCGAGACGACAAACCAAAAGCUUGGCAAGAGAUUCACGUCAAGCGCUACUUUCGAGGCUAUAUCAGAGAAGAUGAAGGAGAUUGGAGGAAAAUUAGGAUACAGCGUAGAGAAAGGGAAGGGCGGCAGCAUCGGUCUGGGGAAGGGGACGGUGUCACUCAUGGUGGAGGUGGCAGAGAUCACGGAGUCGCUCUUCAUGGUGGAAGUGAAGGUGGUUGGUGGCAGCGAGGCCAAUUUCGAGGAGGCUCACUGGGGAGGGUGGAAGGAUGGGCUUCACGAGAUCGUCCUGUCAUGGCACAACGAUGUGGCUUGAAGUUGAAGGCAACUAAUUGCUAGAUAUCCGCUCUUAUAUAUCAAGGGGGGGUGAUGGCGGCGGCGGCGGCGGCGGCGGCGGCGGCGGCAGCAGCAGUGGCAGCGGUGGGCGGCAGUGGUGGAUGUGGCCAUCGAAGGCAGCCAGUGCCGGUAGCAGUGGUGGUGCUGGGAAAAUUGAUAAGUAGGACUAAUUCUGGAUGAAACAAACCUAUCAUCUUCCCUUGUACAUGACAGUUUUAUUUUUAUUAAUUUUGGUCAAUGAAUUGAUGAAAUUAUUUGUACCUAA